AUGGAAUUUAAAAAGUGGAACGCGGUGCAACCGAAGACUAAGCUUGCCGAGGUACAGAAAUGGUGGAAGCCGGAGGAAGGGUGGAUUAAGUGCAAUUUUGAUGGGGCAUGGGAUGAGCAGAACAAAAGGGGAGGAGUAGGAAUAAUUAUAAGAGAUGCAGCUGGGGAAUUUAUUGCUGCCAUGGCGUUAAAGCUGGAGGAGAUUGCUUUGGCUUUAAUGGCUGAAAUUGCAGCGGCUCGUGAGGUUGCACUGCUUCUUCAACGAUGGAAUAGUCAGAAAGUGAUAUUGGAGGGUGAUACUUUGCUGGUGAUCAUUGCUGCUGUUCAGAAUAACUUGGAUGUUAAUGAUGGAAAUUUUGGUCAUAUAUUAACUGAUAUACGGAGGCUGUUACAACCUGCUCAGCAGUGGAAGGCCAAUUUUGUGCGACGUGAUGCCAAUGCAAUGACUCACAGGUGCAUUUUCGUCAAGACUGAAGAUGGCAGAAAUUUGUAUCGACAAAUUGGUGCUUUCAUUGAGAGUUGA